GCAGGGGCCUAGCCGGGCGUCGCGGACUCUGGAGAUGGAGGAAAGGGAGCAAUUACGGCGGCAGAUCCGCCUCCUGCAGGGUCUGAUCGAUGACUACAAAAACCUCCACAGCAGUGCCCCUGCCCCGGGCGCCUCAGCUGCUUCCCAGUGGCAGCCGUCUACUUACCACAACGGCAGGGCCUUUAGUGCUCGCUACCCUCGUCCAAGCCGGAGGGGCUUUUCUUCACACCGUGGGCCUGCGUGGCGCAAGAAAUACUCCCUGGUGAAUCGGCCCCCAGGAUCCUCAGACCCACCUGGCGACCAUGCUGUACAGCCACCCCUUGGGGCCAGGGGCAGCCAGAGUCCUGACUCCCAGCAGUUUAUCCUUGAGAGACAGGUCCAGCUCAAUCCAGAUCAGAACAUGGUCAUCAAAAUUAAAUCACCAUCAAAGUCUGGCUCCAUUAGCACUUCAGGGGCCCAGCGACGCUCUUUGCAAGAAUAUGAAGACACCCCCUGGAAUGACCAAAGACCCCAAGAAGGCGAGGGCGAGCCCCCUGGUGGGCAGCUGCAGCCCUCGAGGACAGGAAGAACCAGGGGGAGCUGCAGUGCAGAGGACUCCCUUCUGGUCUGCCAGAAGGAGGCUGGCAAGACCCGGGUGGUGAAGUCUGUGGGCAGUGUGGGCAGCGGCCCCCUGGAGCCCCGGCGGACGGUCAGUGAGAGUGCAGUUGCCGUCAAGGCACACUUCCCAUCCUCCACCCUACCCCCGCUCACCGUCGUGGCUGUGGGCCAGAAGGUGGGCUCUCACUCUGUGGCCAGCUGUGCUGCACAGCUCCUUGAGGAUGGGAGAGUGAAUGCCACUCAUCCAGAUCAGCCAGGUACCUCUGGCUCAGCAGUGGGCUCUGCCAGACCAGCCUCAGGACCCACGCAGACCCAGGAGACCUCGCUGCUUGUGUCCUGUCAAACCAACAGGUUCCAGAAAAACAACUACAAAUGGGUAGCCACCUCAGCAAAGAGCCCUCGGGCUGCUCGGCGGUCCCUCAAUCCCAGAGCAGCUACAGAGAAUGUGUGCAAGGCCCUCUUCGAUGCCACAGGAAAGAUGGAGAGGCCACAGCUCAGAGCUGAUCCGGAGGCCAAGCCCAGGAAGCAGGCCCCGUCCUCCAAACCCGGGCCCUCACCCAGCAAGUACAAGUGGAAGGCUUCCAGCCCCUCUGCCUCCUCCUCUUCCUCCUUCCGUUGGCAGUCAGAGGCUGGCAGCAAGGACCAUGCCUCCCAGCUCUCCCCGGUCCCAUCUAGGUCCCCCCCAGGGGACACACCAGCAGUGGGACCCAGUGGCUUGAAGCCUCUCUUUGGUGAGACUCCGCUCUCAGCUUACAAAGUGAAGAGCCGCACCAAGAUCGUGCGGAGGCGGGGGAGUACCAGCCUUCCUGGGGACAAGAAGAGCAGCCCCUCACCUGUCACCACUGCUAAGAGCCACCUCAGCCUCCGGCGCAGACAGGCCAUCCGGGGGAAGAACAGCCCUCUUCUGAAGAAGACUCCCAACAAGGGCCUGAUGCAGGUGACCAGGCACCGGCUGUGCCGCCUGCCACCAAGCCGGGUUCACCUCCCCACCAAGGAAGCAUCCAACCUGAACACCCUGCGGACUGCACCCCCCAGCAAAGUGAUCAAGACACGCUACCGCAUUGUCAAGAAGACCCCAGCCUCUCCCCCUGGUGUUCCGCCCUUUCCCCUGUCUCUGCCCUCCUGGCGGGCCUGGCGACUCUCACUGUCCAGGUCCCUGGUGCUGAACCGCUUGCGUCCGGCUGCCACUGGGGGUGGGAAAGCCCAGCCCAUCUCCCCUGGGUGGCGGCACAGAGGCUAUCGCUGCAUUGGAGGGAUCCUCUACAAGGUGUCAGCCAACAAGCUCUCCAAGACCUCCAGCCGGCCCAGUGACGGGGGCAGUAGGCCCCUCCUCCGCACAGGCCGAGUGGACCCUGCCAGCAGCUGCAGCCGCUCCCUGGCCAGCCGGGCCGUCCAGCGCAGCCUGGCCAUCAUCCGGCAGGCGCGGCAGAAGAGGAGGAGGAGGGAGUACUGCAUGUACUACAACCGCUUCGGCAGGUGCAACCGUGGAGAGCACUGCCCCUACAUCCACGACCCCGAGAAGGUGGCCGUGUGCACCAGGUUUGUGCGUGGCACAUGCAAGAAGACAGAUGGGACCUGCCCCUUCUCCCACCACGUGUCCAAGGAGAAGAUGCCCGUGUGCUCCUACUUCCUGAAGGGGAUCUGCAGCAACAGCAACUGUCCCUACAGCCACGUGUACGUGUCCCGGAAGGCCGAGGUCUGUGACGACUUCCUCAAAGGCUAUUGCCCUCUGGGCGCAAAGUGCAAGAAGAAACACACGCUGCUGUGCCCUGACUUCGCCCGCAGGGGUGCGUGUCCCCGAGGCACCCAGUGCCAGCUACUCCACCGCAACCAGAAGCGCCAUGGCCGGCGGGCAGCCGUGCCCCCCGCCCCAGGGCCCAGUGAUGCAGCCCCUAGGAGCAGAGCCUCAGCUGGCCAUGGGCCCAGGAAGCCCUUGGCCACCCAGCGCCCCCGGAGACAGACACUCAGCGGCACCACAUCUACAGCUGCUGUCCUGGCCUCCCCACGGGUGUUAGCAUCAGCCUCUCCCUUGUUGUCCAAGACUGCCGCCGCCGCCGCCGCCGCCUCCUCCUCCUCCUCCUCCUCCUCCUCCUCCUCCUCCUCCUCCUCUUCCUCCUCCUCCUCCUUCUCCUCCCCCCCAUCCUCCUCUCUGUCCUCCUCCUCCCUUCCUUCCCCCUCCUUGGACCAGGAGGAGCCAUCUUUCCGGGAGGAGGCCACCUCAGUGGUGACCGGCUCUGGCAGCCUCUACAAGCUGCCCUCCUUCAUCUCCCUGCAGUCCUCACCCAGCCCAGGGGGCCAGCCUGGGGCCCGGACCCCCAGGAGCCCACCCAUCAAGGACUCAGGGAAGCCUCUGCACAUCAAGCCGCGUCUGUGAGGGCCCCCGGGACCAGCCCGCACCUACCUCAGUCCCUUGUCCCUGGAGAGGAAGGAGGCUCUGGCCACCACCCUGCCCCAGAGGAGGGGCCGCCCACCACCAAGCCCCACAGGGCAUCGCUCUGCCAGCCUGGCACUCAGCCUUCCAGGACCAGUGUGUGCCCAAGGCGUCUUCCUCCCUCAGUCUGGAAGCUGGCCUGUGUGCCCCACUGCAAACCUAGGAUUUGCCCCCCAAGUCCCCCAUUGCCGGGGUGCUGGGCAGCGCUCACCCCAAGGCCCGUCCCCUGCCAUGGAUGUGGCAGUGUCCCCCCCACCCUCCCCACCCAAGACUCCUGCCUGGGGAAGAGGCCACUGGCCAGGCCUCCCUGGUAGGCGUUUCGUGUUCAGCAAUAAAGGUUCUGUCCUGUG